UUAUGAGGCAGGUCGCUUUGCACUGUAUCUAUAAAAUACUUCUGUGAGAGCUGUCUAAGUAAAUUAAGAAACUCAUUUUGUCUAUUUUUGAUGGAGAAGACAUUAAGGAGGGACGCUCAUCUCUUCUAGCCUCCUCAAUCUUGUUUUGCAGUUGUUAGGCCGCUCGUUCCAUCUUUGGUUUGACCCUCCACGGGGUAUCAUCAUCCGACUUUACAUAGAGUCUCUUUUUUUCUUUCUUCACAACAAUCUCUCCCUCUGUUUUUCUUAUCUAAAUUAUCCAUCAUGUCUACUGCAAUCCCUGAAUCCAUAGCUAACCAAUCCAGGAUUGGUUAUUAUGAACUCGAGAAGGUCAUUGGACGAGGUAACUUUGCCAUUGUUAAGCUUGCGACCCACACUGUCUCCAAGAUGAAAGUUGCCAUAAAGAUUAUAGACAAGUCAAGACUAGACAAAGAGAAUUUGAAGAAGGUCCAACGCGAGGUGGAGAUAAUGAAACAGCUGGACCACCCACACAUCAUCAAACUUUACCAGGUAAUGAACACCACCCAAUGGUUGUAUCUUGUUACCGAAUAUGCUAGUGGAGGAGAAAUCUUUGAUUACCUAAUACAGCAUAGGAAGAUGACUGAGAGUGAAGCAAGAAAGAAAUUUAAACAGAUAGUAAUGGCAGUUGACUACUGUCACAGCAGGGGGAUCGUUCAUCGUGAUCUUAAAGCUGAGAAUCUGUUAUUGGACGAGAACUCAAACGUUAAAUUGGCAGAUUUCGGAUUCAGCAAUUCUUUUAAAAACGAGGAAUUGCUCAAGACCUGGUGUGGCAGCCCACCAUACGCUGCACCCGAACUGUUUGAGGGUAAAGAAUACUCCGGACCUCAAGCAGAUAUAUGGAGUCUUGGUGUUGUGUUGUAUGUGAUGGUCUGUGGGGCUCUUCCUUUUGACGGUAACAACCUCCAGCAUUUGAGAGCAAGAGUCUUAGCCGGGAGAUUUAGAAUACCUUUCUACAUGUCUGAAGAGUGUGAGAAGUUAAUCCGUAAGAUGUUGCAGUUGGAUCCGUCAAAGAGGAUCCCACUCUCCAAGGUCCUGGAACACAAGUGGAUGCAAGCCACACCCACCACAGUCGAGGGACCCUCCCCUCUUCGCUCAUCUCCCCUCUAUCCCCAAAAGACAGCCAGUGGUAACCUACUCUGGAACGAACAAGUACUACUCGCUAUACAGAGACUACAAUCAAGCAACUUUAGUAUUGAAGCCGUCAAACAGGCUGUAUUAAAGAAGCAAUACAAUGAUCAGGCUGCCCUUUACUACAUGCUACUCCACAAAUGGGAGAAGGGACAACUCCAGAUCCCACUCAACCCCCUAGUGUCCCAGCUCUCUUAUCAAGGUCGCUACAGUACCAGUAGUCUUGCCUCAUUUUCUGGAGUACCCCGUAUCAAUAUUGAUGGUGUGGGCUCCUCCUCUGGUUCUAUGGGUAUCGUUCCCUGGCAGAACUUUCACGGGCCGAGUCUGGCCCCACCCACAAUGAACAACGCCUCAGACUCGACGAUGGAUGCUAACUUACAGCGAUACCUCAAUCAAGGGCGUCGUCAUACUUUAGGCACCGCCCACAACAUGUUGAUAAUUCCUCCGGAGGACAUGAAUCGAUUGCGUAAGAUAAACGAGUCCUCGUCGAGUCAAGCCUCAAGUGGUUUUGGUUCCAGCAGUACUAACGUGCCUCCAGUCCAUCCCGAGAUGCAGCCCCAUAUAAUACCCACCCUAUCCACUGGGAUUGAAGAACCCAAGACUAGCAUUGGGUCUAUCGUUUCCUCUAGUCGCCAAUUCUUGCAGCUGCCGAGGUUCUUUUCGUCGAAACGUCGUGCUUCCGAUGGCGGGCAUUAUUUAGAAGCAUAUCGUCAGUUCCUUCAUAAGAGAAGCAGUACAAUGUACUCACAUCAAGCUAGCGUUGAAGGAGGUGUGGUCAGCGCUCAACCAACGACUGCUAAACAAUUGUUACAAGAGAAGAUUGAAACUGAUCGGUUGUACGGCCGAUUGCCAAGACAAAAACUUCCUCAUAAUCCUCACCUUUUGUCCUCCUCUGGACUAGAGAGCUCUAAUAUUAUAGCACAAAUGGUUCAGCCAGUGCAGCCGCUCACCUCAAGCACACUCCCACUUCCUGUCCCAAUGGCUAACCUCCGAGAGCAAUGUCAGCCUUUCCACGACAUAACGCAGCAACAGAUCAGGGAGCAGCUUGAGCAGCUUCACAUGUCGAACGGGUCACCAUCAGAUCACGGCAGUCUGCCACACGCGCAGAGUAGUGGCGUCGCUUCUGGUGGCUCCUCAACCUCGUCUAUAAACUCCAGAAAGAAUUCAAGUGGAAAUAACUCAAUAAUCGCUCAGUUGCUUGCCGCUACUCCUCCCUCAGCUAGUCCCUCUUUUCCAACCCAAAUGGUUGCUACCUCAAUGGCUUCUUCUGAGUAUGACGGAGCCUCUACCUCAAACGAGCGAAGAUACUCGAUACAACCUUCGCCUCACUCUUCACUAAAUCCUCCUGUCACUAGGCAUCAUCGUAAGACUCUACCAGACCUCCACCCACAACUAAUUAUUGUUGAACCGCCGGCGAAUCUCCACCCGCAAGCUUCGACCUCGUCCAGUCUGGGUGAGUCGUCACCUGAGAGUUCGCUAGGGGCAACAGCCAAUGCGAUUGGUCGUAGGAGUCCGCCUUAUUUCCAGGUGGGUAGUCCGGGAGAGGUUGGAUCUCCUUUGCACUGGCAGGAGAGACAACGAAAGACUGGUAUGAGCCUUCAACCGUCACACUUAGGAGCUUCGAGUAUCGAAGAUGAUUUUUGUAAAGGAGUAACUAUACCAAACCUUCCUGAUCCCCAGUCUUCUAUUGUACCUCAGCCUUUGCAGCAGCAGCAGCAGCAACACGACAUCCUACAGCAAUCAGUCCAGCAGAUACCGAUAUUCUUUAAUCAGCACAUCUCUCUCCUAAAUCCUAACGUAGCCAACCAGAUCGCUCACCAGCAGAUGUCUUCUCUCGUCCAUCACAUCUCCAACGUGCUAAGUAGUUUCAAGAUAGUGUACCAGUGCUCAGGUAAUGUCUUCACCAUCUGUCAUAGAGGCGUGGAUUUUCAAAUACACGUGCAAGUAUCGCCACACUAUGCCAUACAGAAUGCAUUACAGCUGAGUCUGCAGUACAUGCACAUUGGAGGUGACUCACAACUUUAUCAAAGUCUGUGUACUGAACUAGCCCCUCAUUUUGUCCCAUCUGUACAAUAGCGUUAUUAUUAUUAUUAUUAUAUUUUCUUCUUCUCUCUCUUGUACACAUAGAUCUACAUUCUUUCUCUCUCAUAUUUCAGUUACUAGAGCUAUAACUUAUUAAUAAAUUAAAAUAAUUAUUUUUACAAUAAUUAUUUAUUAUUUAUUAAGUGUCAAUAAUGAAUAAUAAAUUAAUCUUCUCUGUGUGUUACUUUAUGACUCCGCCUCUUCG